GGCUGGUGGGCGUGGAUUACCCAAGCUGAACGUUGAUACUUUGUUAAAUUUUUUGGUUAUUGACUUUGCAUCGGAGCUCUGAACAGCUGCGGGGACGCGGCGCAGAGCAACACAGACCCCUAUACCUGAUCUCAGGCUGUUACAAAAAGGAGGCUUACAGCUCCAGGCAUUUUAAAAACCCUCACCACCGAUUCAAAAGAUACAGCUUUUAUUUUCUUCCGCAUUUGUUUUUUUUUUCCCUCUUUUUACAUCUGAAAUACGGAUUGUGAAAUUACGUAAUCAAGGGCUCGCUAUUCUGUAGGAAUCCGUGUUACUGUUGCCGCAUCUAUUGUUUUACAUCUGGUCCGGACGUACGAUUCACAAGCAAGCGACUGACCUACAGAUGAAAGGAAGACUCUAAAAGGUCAGCGAAUGGACCAGCACCCCAGGACCAGGAGCUGCAGCAGCCGAGGAGCCACCGCCUGUGAGGCCAUCCCAAACGAGCCGCCCAUGAAUUUGUACAUCCACACCACUACCGGGACCCGCUUCGAACUGACCGUCCCUUUAGAGGAGACGGUACAAGGGCUCAACAAGAGAUUAUCGCAGAGACUCAAAGUCCCGAAAGAAAGACUCGCGCUCCUGCACAAAGAAACGCGGCUGAGUUCAGGAAAGCUUCAAGACUUUGGCAUAACGGAUGGUAGCAAGUUAACACUUGUCCCAACAGUGGAAGCCGGUCUCAUGUCCCAAGCGUCAAGACCCGAACAGUCCGUAAUGCAAGCGCUGGAAAGUUUAACAGAAACUCAGGUACGUGUCAGUGACUUCCUGUCGGGACGGUCGCCCCUGACCCUGGCUCUGCGCGUGGGCGAUCACAUGAUGUUCGUGCAGCUGCAGCUGGCUGCGCAGCAGUCCGGGGCACAGCAGCAAGCGCAGCAUCGCCACGUCAUCACAAGGGGGGAGGGUGGAGCGUCCACAGCAGGGCCCAGCAGCGGGCAGCACCCCAGGACCGGGCAUCACCCCCCCCACUCGCACCCUCACCCACACCCUGCCCCCUCUGCUGCCACUGCAACCCCAGCCAGCGCCAGACAGACGGUGCCCCCCAGCUCUUCUCCCGCUGCAGCCCCCCUCUACUGCCCCCCAGCCCGGCCCUCCCCGCUUUCUGCGGGCAUGUUCCAGUCGCAGAACCCGGGCGAGACCCCCGCCAGCGCCACGGCAGCCAGCCCCUGCCCAGAGACGACUGCGCGAAGCAGCAAACCAAAAACCAAGACUGACUCCUCCAAAAGCACCAGUAGCACUACCAGCCCGGGACGGUCCCGCAAACCUGGCGCCAUCAUCGAGAGUUUCGUCAACCACGCUCCAGGGGUCUUCUCAGGAACUUUCUCAGGCACUUUGCACCCGAACUGUCAGGACAGCACCGGUCGGCCGCGACGGGACAUUGGCACCAUCCUGCAGAUCCUCAACGACCUCCUGAGCGCCACUCGGCACUACCAGGGCGUGCCCCCCUCUCUCACCCAGCUCCGCUGCCAGACCCAGUGCAGCCCUGCCUCGCCCGUGCCCUCCCCCCCUCCCUCUCCCCCUGCCACCGGGGGAGCCAGCCUCUCCGCAAGCCUCUCUGCCAAAGCUACCUCAGUGCCCAGCGCCAGCAAGCCCAGCCUGCACCCCCUGCAGUGCCAGAGCCAGAUCCGCAUGUGCAAGCCCAGCGGCGACCGCUUGCGUCAGACAGAGAACCGCGCCACGCGCUGCAAGGUGGAGCGUCUGCAGCUGCUGAUGCAGCAGAAGCGCCUGCGCAGGAAGGCUCGCCGUGACUCCCGUGGCCCCUACCACUGGCUGCCCAACCGCAAGUCCAGCCGCAGCAACAGCAACAGCAGCGUGUCCAGCGAGGGCAGCAUGGACAUGGACUUCGAGGACUCACUGUGGAAGCCGGACGUCAAGGCGGACAUGAAAUCCGAAUUUGUGGUGGUGUGAGGCUGCGGAGCAGGGGGACAAACCUCAAGAAAGAAGAAAGCGAGAGAGAUGGAGAGACAAAGGAAGGCACGUCAUCUCUAAUGUGAUGGUUUAAGGAAGGCGAUUUUGGUCUUUUCUCGGAAUUCAGCGACCUGGCCCCCGCACCCCCAACCCACCCCCCCUCCCCCAUAGUUUCCAUAAGAACCAUCUGUUGAUUUUUCCUCUCCCACACCCCUUUUCAUAAUGUUUAAAGACAGUGGGGAACUUGAGAGGGACUGGGCGGACCUGCUUAGUUGUCGUGAUAUUUGGGAUUCUCGAAUAAUGUAUAAUUAGAGACGGCAGAAAAGAAAGAAAGGAAAAAAAAAAAGAAAUACCAGUUCUUGUUGUUCUUGAUGUUGAUGUUGUUGAUGUUGAUGUUGAUGUUAAUGUUGUUGUUCUUGUUCUUGUUGUUUGGGUUGGAUGGGACUACAAAGGACUACAAAAAGACUGAAAGACUACAAAAAUGGCUGCCUUACAGAAAUACAAUACAAUACAAUGGACGUGGAUGAUCACUUGGAGGGUGGCUUGUGCGCAGUAGAACAGUGGAUUGAUAACCGGCACCUGUUGCACGUCUCUCUUUUAAUGCCUGUGCUAGGACGAACUGUACCAAGAGGUGCACUGUUAGCGCAUAGUCUCCAACUGUGAUCAGCUGAACUUACUCAACUUUGAACUGGGCAUUCAUGGGAUCUUCACAAUUCAAAAAACGGACACAAACAAAUACUUUUUUUUUUUUUUUAAACAAAUAUGUAGCAUUGUUCACAAAGCAUUCAGGUUUUCAAAAUCAAACAUAAACGUGUUUUUUGCACAUUUUUAUGAUUUUUCAAAUGCCGAUGGGUGGCCAAGAGAGGGGUUGACUUUCCCAAUGGCUUCAGUAUGGAGUCUGUCUGAGGACAAAAAACUAAACCAGAGGGACAGGUACUGAGAUUGAUAUCAGCGGGACCCCUGUCUUUAACAAUAACCUUGAAUAUUAAAUAAAAAUAAAUACAUAAAGUGCUUUUAGAAGGGUGUCAAAUCAUGACUUUAAAUAUAUAUAUAUAUGAAUAUAUAUAUUUGUUUGUUUGGUUUUUUUUGUACUUUUUUCCCUACUGUUUUUAAAAAACAGAACUCUGUAUGGCUGAGUUUUAAGCCAUUUAUUAACAAAUUAAUUUUAAAUCUCACUUUUUUUUUCUCA